AUGGUUUUUGCCAUUCAUGCAACGGACUCUCUUCACUCACAUUUUCCCGUUUCUAGGUCCAAACCCGUCACUCAUGCAGGCGUCACUCACUCUCUGACGCCCACCUGUGCCCUACCCAUCGCACUCGUUUCCCCACCCCUUGCCCCUCGCUUUUCCCAUCGCCCUCGCUUCCCCCCGUCGCCCUCGCUUCCCCCCGUCACCCUCGGUUCCGCUGCUACUCACGCUCUCUGCUUCCCUGCCCGUCGCUCACCCUUACCAUGCCCGUCGCCCGCGCUUACCUGCUCGUCCCUCGAUUUUUCCCUGCACAUCGCCCCGUCGCCCUCACUUCUCCUCGUCGCCAUCGCUUCCCUUUGCUCGUUCCCCUCCCCUCUCCCAUUUUCAUCGCCCUGCCCGUCGCCGCGCUCCCCAACGUCGCCCUCGCUUCCGCUCCCAUCUCCCUCCCAUCUCGCUCCCUUAUCACCCUCCCCUUUCUUCCCCUACUUACUCCCUUCCCUCCCUCCCCUGACCGCCCUCCUUCCCCCCUGCCUUCCCCACAUCCUUUGCCCUCCUUCCCCAACCAUCUACCCUGCGUCCCCCAUCCUCUGCUGUGCUUUCCCACGCCCCCUGCCUUUCUGCCCCCCACUAGCUGCCCUGCUUCCCAACGUCCUCUGCCCUGCUUCCCCCCGUCCUCUGCCCUGCUUCCCCCCGUCCUCUGCCCUGCUUCCCCCCGUCCUCUGCCCUGCUUCCCCCCGUCCUCUGCCCUGCUUCCCCCCGUCCCUGCCCUGCUUCCCCCCAUCCUCUGCCCUGCUUCCCCCCAUCCUCAGCGCAGCUUCCCCCCAUUCUCUCCCUGCUUCCCCCCAUCCUCUGCCCUGCUUCCCCCCAUCCUCUGCCCUGCUUCCCCCCGUCCUCUCCCCUGCUCCGCCCCAUCUCUGCCCUGCUUCCCCCCAUCCUCUCCCCUGCUUCCCCCCAUCCUCCUCUCCCCUGCUUCCCCCCGUCCUCUCCCCUGCUUCCCCCCGUCCUCUCCCCUGCUUCCGCCCAUCCUCUGCCCUCCUUCCCCCCGUCCUCUGCCCUGCUUCCCCUCAAUCUCUGCCCUGCUCCCACCACCCUCUGCCCUCAAUUCCCUUCCCCAUGACCCUCACCUCGCCUUCUGUUGCCCUCACUUACCCUCCCACCACCCUCCCACCACCCGCCCUCCUCCCGCCCACCUUACCUCCCGACCCCAUGACAGGCAUCUUACGCCAACAGUGCAAACGGCUCGCGCCCGCUGUGCGAGUAUCGCACUUGCCCUCGUCGCACCACAGCUCCUUCUUUACCCCUGCGGAUGUUUUGUACGCGUUACAGUGA